AAUCGAAUGUGUUUGUUGUCAUAGCAUGUGAAAUACGCUGCAAGAUAAACAAAAACAAGUAUUUUUUAACAAAACCGUUUUGGUGCAGCAACAAUAACUGUUUUAAACAUGUCAAAAACGUCGAGCGUAGGGAGCUUAGAAAGUGCUGUAACGGGUCCACCGCUGCAACCAUCGAUACGCAAAAUGCCACAUGAUACUGAAACGGAUUAUCCCAAUGCCAUUGAGCUAUUGCGCCAGCGCUCGCAGCGUCUGGCGACGCGCCUGCAGCAAACGCAAAUGGAGAUGUCUGCCAAAUUGCCAACAACUACGGACUAUCCCAUCAUCGAGCAGAAGGCCAAUCAAUUUAUGCGCAACUAUGUCUCGCAGUCGCAGUUGCAGUUGCAGUCGCUGCCGCAGCAGCGUUCAAUGCCAGUGCUAAAUGCUGCUGCCACAGCAUCUGCCACCGCCACUGCCACAGUCAGCGCCACUGUCCAACAUCGUCAGCUGCAACAGCAGCAGCAGCAGCAGCAGCAACAACAUCAGCAGCAGCAGCAUUUGCCUGCCGCAGCUUUAUCCAUGCCGAUGCCGAUGGCAUCCUAUCCAUAUCCCAUGCAAUCUUUUAUGCCGGUUCACAUGCAGUUGCAGUUUGCCGCCCAGCUGAAUGCGACAACAGCUGCCGCGGCGCAGCCUCAACAGCAGCCGCAUCUGCAGCAGCAGCAGCAACAGCAGCAUCUGCAGCAGCAGCAGCAUCAGCAACAGCAGUUGCAACAACAACAACAACAACAGCAGCCGCCGCAGCAGCAGGAGCUGAAGAAGAAACGCAAGUCACGGCAAGCCCUUAAUGGCGAGGUGGAUGCCCUGAAGGAUCUGGUCUAUAAGCUUAUAACUGUCAACCCGGAUGUGCGAGCCUAUGCCCAGCAGCUCAUCAAGCAGAGCGAGGUGCUCGGCCAGUUGGAAUGGCUGAAUCUGUCGAAUGUCUGCAGGCCGCCAAGACCUUACAUGAAUCCUGCACUGCGAGCGCUUGCCAGCGCGCCCGGCAUGCCGCCGCUGACGCAGCACGGCCGCAUUGAUGGCGGCAUGGAUCCGACGGGUCACCCGCAGCAGCAGCAGCAGCAGCAGCAGCUGCCGUCGUCUACACUCUCCGGCAUAAUGCGCGCACCCAGACAAGCCCAGCCACAGCCGCCGGCCCAGGGCCAGGCCAUGACGCAAAAGCGCCUUGGCGAGAUUUUGCGCACUCGCCGCGACUCGGAUCUGUCCAGCACGAGCACCAGCAGCAGCAGUGCAGCCGCAGCAACCACUCUGCAGCAGCAGCAGCAGCAGGAGAACUCUGGCGGCCAAUCGCCGCGCAAGCGCAAUCGCAACCGCAAGAAGCGCAACGACAAGAACACGCCCCGUUCCCUGAAGACCGAGCUGGAGGCAAUGCGUCAAUAUAUCAACAAGAUCGUACAGCAGCAUGUGGGCGCCGAGCAACUGCUGCCGGCGGAGCUGAACUUCAAGGGCGAUUUCGGGGACUUGGAGUCGCACGCCAGGCGCCUCGUGCAGGCUGGCUAUGGACGCAUUGUCGAGGAGGAGAUACGCGUGAAUCGCAAGAACAAUCGCCAGGCGUUUAUCACCAUGUCCACGGAUCGCGAGGCACUGGAGCGCGAUGGCAUCGUUCUGUUGCCAGUGGCACGACGUUAUGCCUUCGAGGGCGACACCGUGCGCGCCUUUGUCUUGAAUGUGGGCGCCGUCGUUACCAAGACUAUGGAUUCCGCAGCCGGCGGCAUUAUUGGUGGCAAGGCCUCACUGUCUCUGGGUGAGGAUGAGGAGCUCUCGGAGGAGACAGAAUCGCAGGACUCGGAUGAUGACAAUGUGGCCGUAAUAGCCUCGGACAACUGCCCCAAAGCGUUUGUCAUUGCCAUUGUGAAGCAAACGGAACUGCGACAAAUUGUGGGCAACAUAUCAUUUACGAAUCCCACCAAGCUCUGCGACGAGGAGCUGUUUUACAAAUUUCGACCAUUCGAUUUACGCAUGCCCAUGGUGUACAUACCGCAGGCCAGCUGCGCGGCACAUAUCGGCAACAAGCAGCCGGACGAGGUGUGCGGCCUGCUCUAUCUGGCGCACAUUCUGGAAACGGAUUGCAAUGGCCAUUGCAUUGCGGAGCUGGUGCAGCCUGUUGGCCGUGUGGGCAAUCUGGACGAUGAACUGAAGGCCAUACUCUUCCAUAAUAGUCUGCGAGAUGUGGUGCCCUUCGAGGAGCGCUUCAACGAGAUGUACGCACAAUCUGCGCCGCCUGUAACUCCCCAAGAUUUGGUGAAUCGUCGGGAUAUGCGCAAGAGCUGUGUCUUCACGAUUGAUCCGUUGACGGCGCGCGAUCUGGACGAUGCGCUCUCCAUUGAGCAGCUGGGCGAGAAUGUGUUUGAGGUCGGAGUGCACAUCUCGGAUGUCUCACACUAUUUGCAGGAGAACAGCGAGCUGGACAACAUUGUCAAGGAGCGCUCGACAUCAAUUUAUUUGGCCAACGAAGUGAUUCACAUGCUGCCGCAGACGCUCUGCUUCCGGUGCUCGCUGCUGCCCGGCGAGGAUAAGUUCUCGUUUUCCGUUUUCUGGCGCAUGGAUGGCGAUGGCAAUCAGCUGGACAAGCCCCAGUUUACGCGCUCCAUCAUGAACUCGUGCACACAGUUUGCCUACGAGCAUGCCCAGAAGAUAAUUGACAAUCCCCGCGAGCAUUUCACCGACGUCGACUUUCCCAACAUCCUGAACGGCUUCACGGUCAACGAUAUCGUCAAGCGUGUCACCUGGCUGCACGGUAUUGCGUGCAACAUGCGCGGCAAACGUUUCGACAAUGGCGCCCUGACCAUCAACAAUGCCAAGGUGCGCUUCAGCCUCGAUCCGCUGACCGGCGAACCGAUGGGCUUUGAGGUGGAGAAACAACGCGAGGCGAAUCACAUGAUUGAGGAGUUCAUGCUGCUGGCCAAUCAAGCGGUGGCAAAAUUCAUACACGAUGCCUAUCCAAAAAUUGCGGUGCUACGCAAUCAUCCGCCGCCGCUGACCAAAUCACUCAAAUCGUUACGCGAGAAGCUGCUCUCCCAGGGCUUCGAUCUGGACUACAGCUCCUCGAAGGCUCUGCAGGCCAGCAUGCAACGGUUGUGCAGCGAAGCCGCCGAUCCCAUCGCCAUGUCCGCCUGCCUAAGUCAGCUGCUGAUGAAGCCCAUGGCGCGAGCCACCUACUUCUGCAGCGAUGGCAAGACAGAACCGUCUGAUCUCUGGCAUUACGCCCUAUCCAUACCCAUCUAUACGCACUUCACCAGUCCCAUACGACGUUAUCCGGAUGUUAUGGUGCAUCGUCUGCUCGCCGCCGGCUUGAACUACUGCGCCGCACCGGAGCGCACUCCGGAUGAGCUGCAUCAUCUGACCAAAGUGGCCAAUGAGCGUAAAUAUAAUGCCAAACAGGCGGGCGAUGAUUCCAGCAAUUUGUUCUUCAAGCGCUAUGUGAGCAAUCGCCAGGUGAUUUAUAUGCGUGCCGUUGUCAUGGAGAUCUUCCAGCACAUGAUGAACGUGGUUACCCUGGAGUCGGGUCAUGUCAUUGCCAUUAACUAUAAGAUGCAACGUGUUCUCAUCGAUACGCACAAUGCACCCAAUUUUAUACUGGUCGCCGAGCGCAACAUGAAGCAGACACCAUAUAAGCUGCAGCUGCUGUCCGUGGUGCCCAUCCGGCUGAUAAUAUGGGAUGGCAAGCUAACGGGAUUUUUGCUGACCGCAGAUCAGCGUCAGAAGGGGCCCAGCAUGGAGCAUUCGGGCGUAGUGUUGCGUAAGGACAACAAAAAACAGCAGCAGCAACAACAACAACAACAACAGCAGCAGCAACAACAACAACAACAACAACAGCAGACGGCAGCAAAACCGACUAAAUUGCCCAAAAAUACCUACGGAGAGCAUAACAGUGCCACAGUUUGGGCAAUAUUGGCUCGUCUAUUGUAA